AUGUCCAGCAACUACUAUCUGCUCUUCUCUGCAUCCGUGACCUUCCUUCUUUUCUUUCUGUCCCCCUUCGUCCGUGCUGUACAACCGACCGCGCCCGAGCCUAUCGAGGCUCCUUUGCGUGACCUGAAAUGGGGCCAGCUCAAUUUUCUUCACACCACAGAUACUCAUGGCUGGCUAGCUGGUCAUUUACAAGAACCCUCGUACUCCGCUGACUGGGGUGACUAUAUCUCCUUUGCUACCCGCAUGCGCGAGAAAGCAGAGUCUAUGGGUGUGGAUCUACUAGUCAUUGAUACCGGCGAUAGAGUAGAAGGAAAUGGACUUUACGACUCAUCGGAUCCCAAAGGCAUCUACAUCUCUAAAAUUCUGCGAGAGCAGCAUAUCGACCUGAUGUCAUCGGGCAAUCAUGAGUUGUAUAAGGAAUCCACAGCUUCAGCCGAGUUCUUUACCACUACACUCAAUUUCGCCGGACAUUAUCUUGCAUCAAACAUCGACUUCUAUGACCCACGGACAAACGCAUUCAGGCCAUUGGCACCUCGCUUCACGAAGAUCGUCACCAAGCAAUUGGGCAUCCGCAUAGUGGCCUUUGGAUUUCUCUUCGAUUUCAAAGGAAAUGCUAACAACACCGUCGUGCGGCCUGUGGGUGAGACAAUCAAGGAGGCGUGGUUUCAGGAAGCUAUCAGGGACCACGAGGUGGACCUCUUUUUGGUAAUCGGCCAUGCCCCCGUACACUCGGAAGAGUAUUGGGACAUAUGGCGAGAAAUCAGGUCGCUUCGCUGGAGUACACCCAUCCAAUUCUUUGGCGGCCAUUACCACAUCCGUGAUUACGCAAAGUAUGAUCGUAUGUCCUACGGCUUGGCCAGCGGUCGCUUCAUGGAAACGAUCGGUUUUAUGUCCAUUAGUGGCCUCUCUACCCACCGUCAGCCCGGACAGUCCGCCUUAGCGUCUUCCCUUUGGCCAUGGGACCGUUUCCAUUUCAAUCGGAAAUAUAUCGAUAACAACUUAUUGUCAUUCUAUCAUCACACUGGCCUGAAUGAGACCACAUUCCCCACGGAACAUGGACAAAACGUAUCCCGACUCAUUCAAGAAUCCCGAAGCGCUCUUCAGCUGGAUGAAGUGUACGGGUGUGCCCCACACGAUCUCUUUAUGUCCCGAGCAAAAUAUCCAGGUGAGGGUAAUAUUUAUACCUGGCUGGAGACAGAAGUGCUACCCCUAUCCGUGAGAGAUGUAUCUCGUGCUGGGAAGCCAGCAGUUGUUAUAGUCAACACCGGUGCCAUCCGCUUCGACAUCUUUAAGGGCCCUUUUACAAAGGAUAAUACAUAUAUCGUCUCCCCAUUCACAAGCGGCUUCCGUUAUGUGAAAGAUAUCCCUUACUCCCGAGCCUACUAUCUCGCCGAUGUGCUAAAUAGGGGACCGGGAAUCUUGACUGAGGGCCCCCAAUUAGACAAUGGAUAUGCUGAGCCUGACUUAAUUCCCGGGUACACUACCCAUGAUGAUGGAGGCAAUGAUGGUGAUGACACCAUUCACUCGCCGAUCGACUUCUUCCGGGUGCCGAAUGUUAUCAGGGGAACACCUCGUUGGGAUGCAUCUGAACCCCCGGAAACAGUAGACCUGGUCUAUAUUGAUUUCAUUGAGUCUAACGUGGCUGCAGUGGCCCCAUUCGCGGGAAUUAAUGCAGAUUUUUCUCGCGACAGCGACGUCUAUAUGCCAAACACAACAUUGACUGGCUUGAUAAUGGACUGGAUAAAAGGCAACUGGCCCUGCGAGGAGACGACCAAUGGGCUACUAUUCUCUUAG